GUGAUCUGUCCGGUGUUCCAGAAGCGACGGUUGCUGGUGUGUUGGACGUUCCUGCUGUAUGUGUACUAGUGGCAAAGAUGGAGAGGGACACCACUAUUAGGAGAAUCAAAUCCUUAUACGGGACGCAAAACAAUGUAUCGGAAAAUAAGAACGACUCUCAGGAUCAACGUGGAAUCAACGGCUGCAGUGAAGUAAAAAAGAAACCUGAAGUGAACUUGUACCUGCUACACGAAGGCGUCGGAGUGACACUGGUGACUGUAUUUAUUCUGGUGCUGUGGGGAGUCGUUCAUUUAUCAUUACAGCAACUAGUCAUUGGAAAAUCUACUGGCGAGUUCAAUGCUAUCAGGGCAAGGAAGCACCUGGAGCGUAUCACCAGCGUCGGUCCCCGUCCCACGGGCAGCCCGGCGAAUGAGGUCUUAACGGUAAACUUCCUGCUAGAGCAGAUUGAGCACAUUAAGGCCGACAGCGCCUCAGGACCCAACUCUGUCACUGUGGAUGUCCAGCGACCCACAGGCUCCUUCAGCAUCGACUUCCUGGGAGGGUUCACCUCCUACUACGACCGGGUCAGCAACAUUGCUGUCCGCCUGGAGCCCAAGGCUGGGGCUCAGCAUCUCAUGCUGGCCAACUGCCACUUUGACUCUGUGGCCAACAGUCCAGGUGCAAGUGACGAUGCAGUGAGCUGUGCGGUGAUGUUGGAGGUGCUCCACUCCCUGGCCAACCUCUCCACACCUCUACGACACGGGGUUGUGUUCCUCUUCAAUGGAGCUGAGGAGAAUGUGCUGCAGGCGAGUCAUGGCUUCAUCACUCAGCAUCCCUGGGCCAAGCAGGUCCGAGCCUUCAUCAACCUGGAGGCUGCAGGGGUGGGUGGCAAAGAGGUGGUGUUUCAGACAGGUCCUGAGAACCCCUGGUUGGUCCAGGCCUAUGUCCAUGCUGCCAAACAUCCCUUUGCCUCGGUGGUGGGACAGGAAGUCUUCCAGAGCGGUGUGAUCCCAUCUGACACGGACUUCCGCAUCUACAGGGAUUUUGGAAACAUUCCAGGAAUUGAUUUGGCCUUCAUUGAGAACGGUUUCCUCUACCACACCAAGUACGACACAUCCGACAGAAUACUGACUGACUCCAUCCAGAGGGCAGGUGACAACAUCCUGGCGGUACUGAAGCACCUGGUGAUGUCUGAGGAGCUGGCGGACUCGUCGGAGUAUCGUCAUGGCAACAUGGUGUUCUUCGACCUGCUUGGCAUGGUGGUGGUGGCGUACCCGGCCCGCGUUGGUACCAUCAUCAACUACAUGACUGCCAUGGCAACGUUCCUCUACCUAUUUAAGAAGUGCUCCCAUCCCAGUAAUGUGGGAGGUCGUUACAUGAAGGAGCUGGCCUACGCCACGGCCGUGGUCAUCCUCAGCUGGUUGGUCACUCUGCUGACAGUGCUCAUCAUAGCCUUGGUUGUGUCGCUGACAGGACGAUCCAUGUUCUGGUACAACGACUUCUAUACAUGCAUCUUUAUGUACGGUUCUGCUGCCACUGGGACGAUGGUCCUGAUCCACACACUGGCCAAGAACCUCUACUACGGGGGUGUGCGUCGUCUGGAGGUGGGGGAGCUCUACUUUGACGUGAGCCUGCUGCUGUGGUGCGGUGCCCUGGUCUACCUCACAGCGAACGGCCUCUGCUCUGCCUACGUCCCCAUGCUGAUGGUGGCCUUCCCUCUGACCACCAAGCUGCUCCUCGCCAGGGAGUUUAAACUCAGAGGUGCAUCGGUAAAGUACUCUGUUCUCUACCAGCUGGGUCUGGCUCUGCCCUAUGUCCAUUUCAUGUUCCUGAUCUGGGUUGUGUUUGAGAUCUUCACGCCCAUUCUGGGGCGCAGCGGCACAGAGAUCCCCCCUGACGUGGUCCUGGCCACCCUCGUCACCCUCACCACACUCUUCCUCUCCUCCUUCUUUCUCCACUUCAUCUACUUGGCUAGGUCUACUAAGUGGCUGUUGGCAGGUCUGGGAACGGUGUUCACUGUGUUUCUGGUGCUGGUGUUGUGUGGAAUGUUCUUCCCCUACACAGCAGACCCCUCGGGCCCACGCCCCAAACGGGUCUUUCUUCAGCACACCACUCGUACCUUCCAUGGUCUGGAUGGCCAGGUGAAGAGCAGAGACUCGGGUCUGUGGAUCAACAGCUUUGACUACACUGGCAUGCAGCACAUCACGCCUAUCAUACCAGAGAUCAACGACACUAUCAGGACCAGCUGUCAGGAGGACAGGCCUUUCUGUGGCUACCCCUGGUUCCUACCUGUCAAGUUCCUUGUCAAGAAGAACUGGUACCUCCCAGCCCCUGAAGUCUUUCCCAGGUCUCCCAUCGAGUUUCAGGUGCUUUCUAAAGAACAGACAAAAUGGGGCACAGUGAAGAUCACAUUUGAAGUCAAAGGUCCCAGCCACAUGUCCCUCUACCUGAGACCCCACCAAGGGGCCUCUCUGUCCAGCUGGUCGUUUGGGGACGGUGUCCCCCAGUACCACCUGGCUGGAGAGUACUUUAUAUUCUACUCCCACGGCCUGGAUGCCCCAGCCUGGAACUUCUGGUUCGAAAUACAGCCUCCCAGAGAAGAGGACCCGUCAGGCCCAGAGGGAAUGAUCUCAGUAGCCAUCUCAUCUCAUUACUUCUUUGGAGAGGACCAGAGGACUGUUCAGCUAGAGGACAUGCUGCAGAGGUUCCCUAAAUGGGCCUUCCCCUCUUCCUGGGUCUCCACCUACCACAUGUACCGAUACUGACACCUAGGCCUAUCAGAUGUACACACACUGGGAGGCACCUACCACAUUUACCCAUACUUGAAAUACUGGGCCCGUUGUUGGGCCUGCUUCUACACACACACACAGGUCGAUUCGAGAGACCCCACCAUCACUGUGGCAAUAGCUAACAGGAGGGACACUAAAGCCAAGCCAGAAGCAACAUUAUUUAUAAACAGUAACAGUAGGACUAGGGCACGGUCCUUAUAAACAGAAACGGUCCUUAUAAACAAACGGUCCUUAUAACAGUAGGACUAGGGAACGGUCCUUAUAAACAGUAGGACUAGGGAACGGUCCUUAUAAACAGUAACAGUAGGACUAGGAAACGGUCCUUAUAAACAGUAACAGUAGGACUAGGGAACGGUCCUUAUAAACAAACGGUUAUAAACAGUAACAGUAGGACUAGGGAACGGUCCUUAUAAACAGUAGGACUAGGAAACGGUCCUUAUAAACAGUAACAGUAGGACUAGGAAACGGUCCUUAUAAACAGAAACGGUCCUUAUAAACAGUAACAGUAGGACUAGGGAACGGUCCUUUAUAAACAGUAACAGUAGGACUAGGAAACGGUCCUUAUAAACAAACGGUCCUUAUAAACAGUAACAGUAGGACUAGGAAACGGUCCUUAUAAACAAACGGUCCUUAUAAACAGUAACAGUAGGACUAGGAAACGGUCCUUAUAAACAGUAACAGUAGGACUAGGAAACGGUCCUUUAUAAACAGUAACAGUAGGACUAGGGAACGGUCCUUAUAAACAGUAGGACUAGGAAACGGUCCUUAUAAACAGUAACAGUAGGACUAGGGCACGGUCCUUAUAAACAGUAACAGUAGGACUAGGGAACGGUCCUUAUAAAAACAGUAGGACUAGGAAACGGUCAACCAGUGUUCAGUAGAGUUCCUUUAUUGUGGGGAUGAGGGUAAAGAGGUAGUUUAUUUAUUUUUUUACUCUUCUUCUCUCUCUGACAAACUGUUUUGCGUGUUCCAUCUCUGUCAACAAGCACGAGGUCUUCAGCAUCACUCACUAUUUCAGUUAAAAGGCUAGUGUUUCCUUACAAAAUUAACCAUUUCUUGUUUUCACAUUUUAAAUAACAAACAAAAAAACCUAAGGGAGUCAAUUCAUAACUUCAAAAAAAAGUGAACUGGUUAAGAUGUCAAGGCCAGUACAGUAGUCUGAAGGUCAACACGAUUUAAUUGUUGCAGUAAAGUGAAAGCCUUUUGUGUGAUUUGCUUACGGUGAGCUCACUAAUGUACAAGAAUGUUUUGACGAGUGAUGGCGAAAAUAGAAAUGCAAUUAACUCAUCACUGAAUGAAUAAAUAAUUUAGCUGGGUAUUGCGAUUUCUAAUGUAUUUUCUGUCCAAGAAACACACUGAUUUUAGAUAGUUUGAUUCUCUUCAACUCAGUCAUAAACUAAUGGUGCUUUUUACAUUUUUCUGAACCCCAGUGCUCUAACCUACUGCAACAAGGCAGUUGUUUUAAUGUUGUGGCGCUUUUUCAAAACAUUUAUUAAUGCAACACAUAGGUAAGCCAUUCCACCAACUCCAAUUCAUUUUGUCCUACUGAUGUCCCUCAAUGGUACUUCCUGUUAACAGUAAAAUGGGUUUUAAAAAAAAUCCUACUUCAGUGUGUUUUUGCCCAUCAUGUGCAUAUCAAUAUUUUACAGUGGGAUAUUGUUUUAUUAUAAACUCAGAUUAUAAUACUAGUGGCUGAUGUCAUAAAACACCAGAAAGGGUGUUGUCAAAGUAUAUUCCAAUGGUUGACGCCUACAGUGAGUGGGUCAGACUCGGACUGUUGCACAAAGUGAAUCAAAGCACUGGACUGGUAUUUUAUCAGUGGGGAACCCUCCUUUUCUACUCUCCAUGUUUUGUCGCUAUAGAACCAGGGUUGGGUUCAAUUCAGAAAGUAAACCAAAUUCAAAGGCAGUGAAGAUAAUUGGAAUUUCAGUAUAGUUCCUGAAUUGACCCCCAUCAUGGUGUUUGACUGCAGGACAGCAGCUCCUGCUAACACUGAGGUAGCGCUGGGUCUGUGUUUGCAGGACAGCAGCUCCUGCUAACACUGAGGUAGCGCUGGGUCUGUGUUUGCAGGACAGCAGCUCCUGCUAACACUGAGGUAGCGCUGGGUCUGUGUUUGCAGGACAGCAGCUCCUGCUAACACUGAGGUAGUGCUGGGUCUGUGUUCAUAAAGAGUCAGAGUGCUGCUAUAGGAUCAGUUUAGCCUUUUAGGUCAUAACAAAUACAAUUAUGGAUAGAUGGGGACCUGAUCCUAGAUCAGCGCUCCUACUUUAUGAAUAAAGCCAAACUGUUUUCUCUGUCCCUGCAUGGUAAAGUCUUAUGUAAGCUGUCUUCAUGGUAGGGCUGCACAAUUAAUAGAAUUCGCAAUAUCCCAAGAGAUAUCAAUGUCGCAAUAUUUUGAAACGGCACUCAGAACGGUUGUUCCCAGCGGCUAAUAGUUUGUCGUCUCUCCUCUUGCAGCUGCUUGCCCCACCCCGUUACUCAAGCAGCACAUUUUAUUUGAUUAUAACAGUUCGCAAUUCUGUUUUUUCCCCACAUCGUGCAGCCCUACUUCAUGGUUCACCUCUAUUAAGUAGGUAUUUAGGGUUUUGAUAAGGAUUGUUGAUCUGGGCAGUCUCUUGGACUACACUACUGUGGCUAGAACCAGUUUGUGUUGAACAGUCGCCUUGUUGUUUGGGAUCCAGCGAUGCGUCCUCUCUCUGAGCAGGUGAAAGGAUGGAACCAAGCUAAUGUGCUUUCUAGGUUCUAUAAUGUAACAUGGUUGUAGGCUAGAGGGAUCUGUUGGCCUCAUGCUUCUUAAAGACAUAAGGGGUUCUUGCCACAUGCACUUACCUGUAAGAAAUAUGGUCUUAGCCAGAUUGUACAGCAAGAUUUUGUAAAUUGUAAUGUAGUUUUAAGGGUUUAAAAAAAUGAUUUGUCAUAACCAUCGCUGUGAUGAAAAACAUCCCAGUAUACUCUUAAAUAUGCAUGAGGAAAAGAGAAAGGAAACUAACGAGCACACGUCUAAAGACCUUUAGCUAGUGGCAUCGUUUAGUGAGGUUUUGUCUAGGCCUGAACUUGCACCCUAUUGGCUGCUUUUGACCAGAGCCGUAUAAAAGUAGUGCACUAUACAGGGAGCCAUUUUGGUCGCCUUAAUCAGAGGUGUAGCGACAGCUCAGGCCUGAUGGAUGGAACAAAAAAUUAGUGUAAGUUAAUGAUUUGAUUUAUUUCUAUAUCAAGUAUGGUGGGUUCUGUAAUUUAGGUAAAGAAAUAUCCCGAUUCUGUAAUUACAAGACGAUUGAUGACUAAUGUUCACUACCCCAAACCUUCCCAUUGAAUUUAAAUAAUGACUCAAGCGUACUGUACACUGCCUUAAAAAUAUAACUUCAUGUUUUGUACAGAUUGCUGCUCUGUUGAAAUUGUAAAGUGAUUUUUGGUUUAUGGUAAUGACAUUUGUCAGUACUGUCAAACUUUUCUUAUGCAGUCUUAUAACAUUUAUGAUUUUACACAAAAAAAAGUAAUGCAGGGAAUCAAUCCGAUCGCACCUUGUGGGCAAUGCUCACUCGUUCGUGGAGCCCACAUUCACGGUAAACGCUGGCUACAUGUUGCUUCAAUAAUAAGUUUCCAUUAAAAUGGUGCAUUGCUGCCAAAACGCAAUCGGAUUGAAUCCUGGCAUAAAUCCCCACUCAGUUCAAGCCAACUAUAAUAUACACUGUUCAAAGUAGCUUGAAGGGUUACGUAUCAUCAUAUCCCAUAAAACAUUUACUGUAACGAUGAUACUGACGUUUCCCGAGCCUUGUCCUUUGUAAAUACCAAUAUUAAGGUGAAACAUUUCAUUGAAACCGUUUAUGGGUCUCAAUUUAAAUUUUGUAGAAUUAUUGUGAGAAAGGCUUUACUUUCCUUAAUAUGCCUGAAUAAAGGAAAGUUACCUGUACUUCAGUUGGAAAAAUGGGAACUGAAAUGCAUCCACGUUUAAGUGAUCUCGUUGGAACCUGUUAAAUUUCAUGUGAUGCAACUCACCUACAGUAUCUAUGCCUAUUUUAACUGCUUGGGUCACUGAAUCAAGUGCAGUUUUGUAUAACAUGUUAAUUAUUUAAAAGCAAUCAUACUUUUAAUUUUUUAUUUUAUUAAUUUGUCAACUGGGAGGGUUACACCUAACCUUUUAAAAUCAGUAAUAUAAUCCCAGAUGGGAUUAACAUGGUUGAUUUGGGGAAUUGUGUAACAGGGUAUUUUGAUUACAAAAAUAAACUUGAAAUGAA